AUGGGUUUGAGACCUUAUCAAAGUUCGAAUGAUCUCUUGAUUCAAGUAUGUUCAGCUGGUCUUUAUGGAUUUCCAAUAAUAGCACACCAAAUGUUUUAUCAGCUCGCCUUUUCAAAAGUCCCUCUAGUGACAACUAUCAAAGUGCUGCAGUAUGUGUUCGCAGCUAUAUGUUUUCUGUAUACUUACAGUAAUUAUUACUUAAAAUACGUACAAUUUGAUUAUGAGCAUAUGUCUAGUAAAUAUGAUUUCGAUAUUACGGAAAGAUAUAUUAAAGAGAGCAAACUAUAUACGUUUUCAAUCAUUGUUAUCUUUAACAUCUAUUUUCUUGCAACAAUAACACCCUGUUUCUUAAAUGUUGUAUCAUAUCAACCCAGUACAUUGAAAAAUGUUAAUUUAACUUUACCCUUUCCUAUUAAUUAUGUUUUAAAUCCUGGGCCGAUAUAUUAUACUUUGCUUAUUUAUCAAGCAAUAGAAAUCUAUAUAUCAAUAACUUUAGCAAUCAUAUGUUUUUCAACGUAUUUGGUAUUCGUAAAUCAUGCGUGUUGUCAAUUAAGCGUUGUAAGAUUGAAAAUUGGCCAUCCUUUUCGAGAAUCUCAGAAAUUUAACCAAAUUUGGAAUGAAUACAAUUGGAUAGUCGACGUAAUAAAGCAUCAUGAAAGGAUCAUGGAAUAUGUUGAUUUCCUCAAUUGUAGUUCAAAGAGAAUUUACUUAAUCGAAAUUUCCUUUAUUAUGCUCUUCAUUAUAUUGGAUUUCUUGUUUAUAUUUCAAGUUUCAUCGGUGAGGGAAAAUAUAACCCAAAUUAUCGAAUGUAGUUCCUACAUUGCAUGCUCUAUAUUUGUUACUUUUGUUAAUUUUUAUAUUGGACAGACGCUUAUUAACCAUAGCGUAGAAGCUCGCGAUGAAUUGUGUAAAAUACCAUUCUAUAAUCUUUCAAUUAGAGUUCAAAAAUUGUUGUUAUUUAUGUUAAUGAGAUGGUCGAAGCCAUGCGUGCUUUCAAUCGGAGAUGUAUUCGUAUCGUCGCAUAAAGCAUUCGCUGGGCAAGAAGCAUGAGACCGUGCAGGCUUUCAAUCCA